GGUUUCAUUUGACUUGCGCAGUACAAUAAAUUCCAAAGCGGUAUUGUUGCAGAAAACUUACCUUGCAAGUGUUUUUUAUGAGAUUACUGUAAACGAUGCGUGCCGUACCGACCUGGGUUGAUAAAGUACAUGAUCGAGAUAAAGUUGAUCAAUGUAUAUGGGAUCUAUGUUUCAAACCCGAUGGUACUCAGCUCAUUGUUGCGGCAGGAAAUAGAGUAUUGGUGUAUGACACAAAUGACGGUACCCUCAUCCAGCCCUUGAAGGGACACAAAGACACUGUCUACUGUGUUUGUUAUGCGAAGGAUGGCAAGAGAUUUGCUUCAGGCUCAUCCGACAAAAGCGUCAUCAUUUGGACAAGUAAAUUGGAAGGAAUCUUAAAGUACACACACAAUGAUGCCAUACAGUGCCUGGCAUAUAAUCCUGUUACCCACCAACUGGCCAGCUGUGCUGUCAGUGACUUUGGACUGUGGUCCCCAGAACAGAAGAAUGUGUCCAAACACAAGGUCAAUAGCAGAAUCACCUGCUGCAGCUGGACAAACGAUGGACAGUACCUAGCCCUGGGACUGUACAAUGGACUGGUCAGCAUCAGAAAUAAGGGUGGAGAAGAGAAAGUAAAAAUAGAGAGGCCUAAUGCAACCACCUCACCCAUCUGGUCCUUGCAGUGGAACCCUAGCAGAGAGGAAUCCUAUGAUAUCCUUGCUGUGGCUGACUGGGGUCAGAGGUUAUCUUUCUAUCAGUUGUCAGGGAAACAGAUCGGAAAAGACAGAAAUCUUGGCUAUGAUCCAAAUUAUGUCAGCUGGUUCUCCCGGGGAGAGUAUGUCGUAGUAGGCGGAUCCAACAAACAGUGCUGUCUUCACACCAAGGAAGGGGUCAAACUUGGGGUCAUUGGAGACCAGACCUCUUGGACCUGGUCUGCAGCAGUCAAGCCAGACUCCAACUAUGUGGCUGUGGGGUGUCAAGACGGGACCAUUGCGUAUUACCAGCUGAUUUUCAGCACCGUCCAUGGUUUGUACAAAGACCGCUACGCCUACAGAGACAAUAUGACAGACGUGAUUAUCCAGCAUCUUAUCACUGACCAGAAAGUGAGGAUCAAAUGCAGAGAUUUAGUGAAGAAAAUAGCCAUCUACCGUCACAGACUAGCGGUACAACUUCCAGACAAAAUAGUCAUCUAUGAGUUGUAUUCUGACGAUGCUGCAGACAUGCACUAUAAAGUUAAAGAGAAGAUCAACAAGAAAUUUGACUGUAAUCUGCUGGUGGUUUGUUCCCAGAACAUCAUUCUCUGUCAGGACAAACGACUUCAGUGCUUCUCCUUCCAAGGAAUUAAAGAGAAAGAGUGGCUGAUGGAGUCCCUGAUUCGGUACAUAAAGGUCAUCGGCGGACCUGGAGGUCGAGAGGGGCUCCUGGUCGGCCUGAAGAACGGGCAGAUUAUGAAGAUUUUCGUGGAUAAUGCCUUUCCCAUCAUGCUGUUAAAGCAGAGUACGUCCGUAAGGUGUCUGGACGUCAGCGCCUCCCGGACAAAACUAGCGGUGGUGGAUGAACACAACACUUGUCUAGUGUACGACAUUAACACCAAGGAUCUCUUGUUCCAGGAACCAAACGCGAACAGUGUAGCUUGGAAUACUCAUUAUGAAGACAUGCUUUGUUUCUCUGGUAACGGUCUACUGAAUAUUAAGGCCAGCAACUUUCCGGUUCACCAACAAAAGUUACAGGGUUUUGUGGUGGGCUUCAGUGGAUCUAAGAUUUUCUGUCUCCACGUCUACUCCAUGUCGUCCGUCGACGUCCCACAGUCCGCCUCUAUGUAUCAGUACCUGGAAAAGAAGCUCUUCAGGGACGCCUACAAAGUAGCCUGUCUGGGGGUGACAGACGGGGACUGGGAGGUGCUGGCCCACGAGGCUCUGGAGGGGUUAGAUUUUGACACUGCCAAGAAAGCCUUCAUCAGAAUCAAGGAUCUUCGCUAUCUGGAGCUCAUUCACUCCAUAGAGGAGAGGAAGAAGAGAGGGGAGAAUGACAAUAUGGUGUUCCUGGGUGAUGUCUACAGCUACCAGGCGAAAUUCCAUGAAGCGGCCAAACUGUUCAAAAAGUCAGGAACUGAACAGAAGGCCAUGAACAUGUACACGGACCUCAGAAUGUUUGAUCAUGCCAAGGAGUACAUCGGUUCAGGAGACCCACUGGAUAAGAAGAUGCUGAUCACCAAACAAGCUGACUGGGCCAAGAGCAGCAAUGAGCCCAAGGCCGCUGCGGAAAUGUACAUCUCAGCUGGCGAAUUCUGCAAGGCAAUCGACAUCAUAGGAGACCAUGGCUGGGCUGACAUGUUGAUUGAUUUGGCCCGUAAACUGGACAAGGCUGACCGAGAGGCUUUGAGCCGAGCUGCCGUGCACCUGACUAAGAUGGAACAGUAUCCAUUCGCUGCUGAGGUGUACAGCAAAAUGGGGGACAUCAGAGCUCUCAUCAACCUGCACGUGGAGGCCAAACACUGGGAGGAUGCUUUCACACUGGCAGAGAAACACACGGAGUACAAAGAGGAAGUCUAUGUUCCAUACGCUCAGUGGCUCGCCGAGAACGACAAGUUCGACGAUGCACAGGAAGCUUUCCACAAGGCUGGCCUGCAAGGGGAGGCUGUAAAAGUGCUGGAACAGCUUACCCACAAUGCUGUUAUUGAGAGUCGCUUUAACGAUGCUGGGUACUACUUCUGGAAACUUUCCAUGCAAUGUCUAGAUAUAGCUAGAGAAGAUUCAGACAAGCGGGAAGAAAUGUUGGCAAAGUUCCAAGACUUUCAGAGAAAGGCAGACAUGUAUUAUGCUUAUCAUUCCAUUCAGAGAUACACGGAUGAGCCUUUCACGUCACAUUUACCGGAGGCCCUAUUCAACAUUUCCCGGUACUUACUGCGCAUGAGCCAGGGUGGUAUCCCGCACGGAAUCUCCAAAGUAGGGACGUUGUAUGCGUUGGCCAAACAGAGUAAGAACUUGGGGGCUUUUAAGUUGGCCCGUUACGCGUACGAGAAGUUACAAUCUAUGAGGAUUCCCAGUCGCUUUCAGGAAGCGGUCGACGUGGGCAGUGUGAUGAUCCGGUCCAAGGCAUUCCAGGACUCAGAGGAACUCUUACCUAUGUGUUAUCGCUGCUCUACAACCAACCCUCUCCUGAACAAUGGUGGAAACUGCUGUGUCAACUGCAGACAGCCGUUCGUCCACUCGUUCGUCUCAUUUGAGGUGCUCCCCCUGGUGGAGUUUGUUCUGGACAGCAGUCUGACGGAUGAGGAAGCUGUACAGAUAUUGGACCUCUCUAUACCUAAAGAGAAGAAGGAGGACCGGGGCUGGAAGGAGGGACGCAUUGGGCAUGCCCAGACUCUGAGACUAGGUCAGGCUGAUGAGGAGGAACCGGAGGAAGAGGACCCAUUCUCAGCCAAGCUCAUGACCUUCGAUCAAGGAGAGACAGAAUUUCGGCCUGUGGUUGUGACGAGAUCGAACAUACAGACAUUAUCUAGGUCGGACGUUUACAUCCUGAAGUGGCCCAAACCACUGAGAUAUCAGUUCUUCAGGUCCCUACUGCCAGAUGUCACCAUAACACAAUGUUCUAAAUGUAACAAGUUGUUCCAUACCGAUGACUUCGAGCUUCAGUAUCUACAAAAAGGCCAUUGUCCUUUCUGCAGAAGUAACCUUGAGGACUGAAGGACGGGUGUUUUAUGAGAAGGAGAUGGCAGUGGACAUCAUUAUACACAUUUUAUGUGAUGGAAACAAACGACCAACAAAUGAGGACCUAGGAAACUGUGUAGUUCAUUACUUUAAGUCAAUGCAUCCCUCUAAAUUUCGUGCUCAUCCUCCGCGCUAUCACCGACAAACCGUCCAAAUCUCUGUACACAAACUUGGCAAUCCUGUGAUGUUUUCUAUAUGUCUUGCAUCUCGAGUUAUUUAUACAUGAAUUUUAUGUAAUAAAUGUGAUGAAAGGGAAA